AUAUUUUAAAGCCUUUGUCUCGAACCUGCGUUGUCGUGAUUUUAAGUAAGCGUGUCCAAGUUUGUCUAAACAAUGCGAUGUACAUCCCGCAGACAUUUUACAUGCGUUAUCAUUAUGAAGAUGCUCAUCUCCAUAUGUUUAAACGGAUGGGUUUCAAAUGGAUAUGAACUUUCUGAAAGUGCUUGCGAGGAAUCACUGGUGACGCUGGAAACAGUAUAUAAAUGUCCAUCAAACAAGACCCAAUACGAAACGGCAGAGAGAAGGAAGAACUGUUCCCGAUACAAUCACACCACGUGCAAAUCGUUUCAGUAUCACUGUGCAUUCAAUGAAAAUAUGACGGGAUUGGUAGAAGUUUGCACAACAUCUAGAUAUAUUUUGUCUGGUAGAUGUGCUGAGUUCAAUACAGGAUACAAAACUAUACGGGACAGCUAUUCAACGAACUGCACGGGCUUUGACCCUCCAUGUCCUCUGUACUACAACUCAACAGAGACAUACAAAUAUUCAGACUGCUACCGAAUGUUCGAAAUCGAGACCAACACGAUUGGGACAGCAAAGAAGACCUUUCAAAUAAAUGAAGUUGACUAUACUCUUACGACAAAGAUAGUAUUGACUAUAAGUCCCGCAAUUGUCAUGAUUACCAUCCUCAUCUUAAUCAUGUGCUUCAAAGUAGUUUACAGAGUGCCUAUAAAAAAAAGCCUAUCUGUCCAAUGCUGACACAAACAAAUCCAAUAAUGUCCAAAGCUAACGGAAAAUGAGGGUGAAAAAAUAUUCUACUUGUAAAACAAAAACAAAAAACGGGGUCAUACUGCGUGUUAUUGAAAUGCAAUCUGUUAAAUCUGACCGUUCUGCACUCAAAAUUGGUUAAAAUUUAUUACCAUAAUAUCAAUUUGUCUAUUGGUAUCAACACAACAAAAGCAACACAAAUCAUCAUGACAUCAAAUAAAUACAUAUUCAUGUCGUGCAACAAUGUAGACUUCAAAAGGUUAAAUGCUAGUACCGUAUAUACUCGCCUAUAAGUCGGUCCGCCUAAAAGUCGGUUGUAUUUUUAAGGUUAUUUUGUAGGAAUUUGCCAUUGACCCGCUUAUAAGUCGGUACAAAUUUUUGUCAGAAUCGGUUGACAAUUUCAAGUCAAUACUCUAGUGUUUUUACCUAUGUUUCAAAAAAUAUAUUGAGAAAUUAAUAAUUAUGAGGUGCUCAAUAUCCAAGCCUUAUCUGUUUGGGGUUUAAAUGCAACCCUUGAUCUAUGAUGGGCAAUGAUUGACCUAAGCAAUUAUGGUCUCCUAAUUACCAGUACCUGACACCGUGUUUACUUAGUGGCACGCGCCUCGCGAAAACCGUUAUUGUGGGAUUCAGGUAAAAUUCAUUGUAUUAACAAUAGAUUUUUUUAAGAGUCAAGAAUGAUGAUAUAAAUUAUCUGUUAACAAUAUUCAAUCUUUUAUGAAAUAUAUUUCAGCCAGUAUACUUAUGAAUAUUUCAAUAUUAAAUCGGGUUCGUAAUUCAAUUUUACCGAUAAACGAUAGAUUAGAUGAAUUGAAAGUAUUAGUUACUGGUACAUGUGUAUGUAAAUAAUUUUUAACUAGAUAAAAAUAUGUAAAUACUUGUACUUUAUACAUAAUUUUGAAAUACAUAAACAAUACAAUAUGUCUAGAUAAUCAUUUGUGUGGUAGUCCAUGAUAAUUGUCUGAGUUGUUUUAAAAAAGCACUACAUUACGCCGCCCUGAAAAAUACCAAUCUUCUUAGGACGUGCCUAUAAGUCGGACAUAGAGUUUUGGACCAAAAAUUUGACUUCCAAAAAUCCGACUUAUAGGCGAAUAUAUGCGGUAGACUCGAAGUAAUUAAUUACCUUUUUGCACCUGAUAUAGUGAAACUAUAAGAGUUCAAAAGAACAUAUUAUGAGUAUUGUCAUUUUUGUUUUAGACACAUAUAAGUUACAAAGUCUUGCCUUAUAAUUGAAAAUGGAAAUUAAUAAGUGGGGAUUAUGGAUCAAACAUUUAAUUUAUUGACCAAAAUAUUAAAUGUUCAUACAAACGGUCGAGUGAAUUUUUUAAAGAAUUUGUGUUCUGUUUGGAAAACUAUGUAUCAACUGAAUUAAUGAAUUUACAAUAUUUGAAUUCAUUAAGUCUCUAUAUAUUUUUGUAUACAAACUGUGGUUAUAUAUGACAUCCCUUUUUUAUUUUUAUUUUUUGCUCUCGACUGUUUAUUUAAUUUUUUUAUACUGAAAGUUCAAAUGUAGUUUUGUUUUUACGUUUUUCACAUGUGGAAUCCAGGCAGCAAUUUCAUGUUUUCACUAUAUUUUGCAUUUAUUUUGAUUUUUUUUUUAAAAUCUAUACACUGUAUGUUCAGAUUUAGUUUUGUUUUUACAUUUCAGCAAUAUCUCUUUAGUACUAUAUUUUGUAUUUAGACCUACUUUCAUUUUCAGUGUGUUCCAAACCUUUUUUUGUUACAUUGCAUUAUAGUGCUCUAGAUAACAGUAUUUAAUAUUGAUAUAUUCCUGCCUAAUGUGUUGAAACUGACUGUAACUAUCAUACUAACCAGGAAUGUUUUUAUAUUUUGACUAAUCAUUGACUAAGCAUUGACUACAAAAACUGUAAUUUGUUCAACUUAUAUUUUGACUAAUCAUUGACUACAAAAACUGUCAUGUGUUCAACUUAUAUUUUGUAUUAUGAUCGACUGCUGCUCUCAACAAGACUGUCAGUUUCAACUCUUUGUUGUAUAUUGGUCAAUUAUUUACUCAACAAAAAUGUGUUCAAAACUCUUUGAGGUAUUGUUUUACCUAUGGAAGUUAUAAAGAUUAUGUCAGUAAAUUUUACAUGAUUUUUUCAUUUGUGUUCAGCAGAACGUAUAUAUAUGGCGAGAUUAUUCCAGUUUGAUAUAAAGUGUAAUUCGUGUUCCAAUUCUUUGUUAAAAGUCAAUUUUUUUUUCAAUUAUGACAUUAUAUAUCAAGAUCUCGAUUUUUUGUCGUCCAUGUUACAUAUCAACACAUGAUUACAUUGAAUUAGUUGAUUGGUAGAUAUCAAGACAUCAUAACUCCUUGUCUUCCUCAUAUAAUGUUCAAGUAUUCUUGAAUAUGAUUAUUGUCUUAAGUAUUUAGCGAUACUAUAUUCCCGACAUCUAAUCAUAAUAGAUAUUUCAAUAGCUUUAACAUAUGCUUCUAAUGUUUUAUUUUCAACUUCCUUUAUGUUCAUUUAAUGUUUCAUUUUCAACUUCCUUUAUGUUCAUUUAAUGUUUAAUUUUAACUUCCUUUAUGUUCAUUAUUGUUUUGAUUGUUGUACUAGAGUAAAUAAAGGCUUUCAGUGUG